AUGGACUCCAGGUGGUCUCCAACUCGAAACUAUGUACCCAUCAACCCGGACGGACCGUUUCCCUAUUCGAUGGCAGACCUUACACCCAUGGAUGCCGGGAACGAUUCAACAUUUUAUAGUGUGCCUCGUUUCGUCACACAUAUCGAUGAAAACGCCAUCCUCAGCUUAAGAAAGUACUAUGAUCAGGUUUUACCCCUGAAAGGACUGAUCCUAGAUUUCUGUUCAAGCUGGAUCUCCCAUUAUCCACCAGACAUUCAAGACGCAGCAGCGGCGGAGGCGCUAGACGUGGUGGGUGUAGGCAUGAAUGGAUCUGAGCUGAGCAGGAACCCGGUGUUGAAGGAUUGGGCGGUGCAGGAUCUGAACGAGGAGCCCGAGGUACGAUUGCCCGGGUCGAGGGAAGGAAAGCUUGACGUUUCAACAUGUGUUGUUUCGAUCGAUUACCUUACGAGACCAGUGGAGGUUUUGGAAAGUAUUCGUCGGCAAACCAAGGAAGGGGGCAGAGUGCACUUGAUCAUCUCGAAUCGAUGCUUCCCAACGAAAGUGGUCGGCCGGUGGCUGAAGACAGGCGAGGAGCAGAGGCUGGAAAUGGUUGGCGACUACUUAUGGUGGAGUGGGUGGCGGAAUAUUGAGAUUCAAACCUUGGUCGAGGCAACCUGGGCCAGGGAUCCGUUGUGGGUGGCCAGAGGAGAGAAUGUCGCAUGA